UGAAAAAGGCCGGAGGAUAACAUUUGUUCGGCUCCUGCCAAGACGAUAACGACCACACUGUCUUUCUCCCUUCUUUUGGGAGAGAAGCUCAGAAGACGACGUCCAUGGCCACCGCGAGCUCCGCUGCCACCUUGUCCAUUUGCUCGUCUUCUUCCUCCUCUUUCUUCUCCCAUAUUCCAACCCGUGUCCCAUCUCAGUUCUCCUUUAAUCAUCAGAAGCCAAAGUGUCGGCUCCUGGCAAUUAGGGCUGCCGUAUACACAGCCCCCUCACCUACUCCUAUGCCGGCAGCUUCUUCUUCUGGAAUCGUUCUCGUAGACAAGUCAGAUUCUGAUAAGGUGAAUCGCCUCAAGUCUGUUUAUCUUGAGAAGAUAGUUCCAAUUCUUAAAGAGGAGUUCGGUUACAAUAACAUACAUGAGGUACCUGGAAUAGAGAAGAUAGUUGUGAACUGUGGUAUGGGAGACGCCGAACAGAACUCAAAAGGUUUGGAGGCUACAAUAAAGGAUCUUUCACUGAUAACGGGACAAAGGCCGGUGAAAACGAGGGCUAAGAAAUCCAUCGCCAGCUUCAAGCUGAGGGAAGGGACCACAGUAGGAAUUGCUGUUACCCUUCGUGGAAAUGUGAUGUAUUCUUUCCUUGACCGAUUGAUCAACUUGGGGUUCCCCAGGACAAGGGAUUUUCAAGGAGUCAACCCCAACAGUUUCGAUGGGCAUGGAAACUACAGCAUAGGAAUGCGAGACCAGAGCGUCUUCCCUGAGAUAAGAUACGAAGCCCUUGGAAAGACUAGAGGCAUGGAUGUUUGCAUCACCACAUCAGCAAAUACAGAUAACGAGGCACAGAGGCUGCUCGCUCUCCUUGGCAUGCCAUUUAAAGAGGGAGCAGGUCCUACCGUUCUCUUGCGAAGGAAGAGGAAGAAAGCUCAUCAUUUUGACUCGAAGAUUAAAGGAAAAAAAUGAAGAGAAACUACAUUUCAAUCUCUUUAUUCCGUCUAGUUAUUGUAGAUUUUUUCCUAUUGUUAAAAAUCUUAUGCUUUGAUUGAAAAACUCGUAUGCAAUGAGAUUUGGUGAUUUAGUUCACAGC